UCGCAGACAUCGUGACGCAGCCAACCCUGGAAGGUCCCUCAGACUCAGGGUCGGGGGAAGAGGAACAGAACAAAGUCCACGAGUCCGUUGAGAGUGGUUUCCUGUCCGCGUCUGCUAUGAACACAUUGGUUCAAGUGCAUCAGUGCCUGUGUCUGGGAUACGCCAGAUCGCUGUGGUACCACAACAAAGUGACAGCAAGUCACGGCAAAGAAUCGAUCAAAGCCAUGAUCUCCUCCUACCAAAUUGCUGGCCCUGUGAUGUCACACUUCUAUCAUCUGAUUGAUGCUGAGUUAGACCAGCAGCUGACAGGCAGUGGACUGCUGCUUUCUGCCCUCCUUCAGAACACGGUGCAAGGCUCGGGGGGUAACGAUGGUCUUCUCGUCAACCCGGAAGGUUCCUAUGACUUCUACCAGCAUCCCAAUCUGGUGGAGGCCAGACUCUGCCUUCCUGUCCUCGAGCAGCUGGGUGUCGCGGUUAAGCAGAGACUGGAGGACUGGCCCGAUCACCCUGCACUCGUACAG